CAAGACAAGACAAGACAAGACAAGACAAGACAAGACCGUUGUAUCGGUUUCUUGUCUUAGGAUCUGUGUACUUAGUACUACUCUCUACCUCUCUACCUCUCUACCGAUCCGCGUACAUACAUAUGUUACAUUCAUUGAAACGCUUACUAGUAACCAGUAACCGUGUAUCGCUUCAGCCGUGAUGCAUAUAUGAGAGGGCUUGGAAGGCAAAAGCGAGAACAUGGUGCAAUUGGCUGGAUUGGUUGGAGUAUUACUUGUGAGAGUUGGUUCAUAGCUCGAUACCUUUCACAAGGCCAUUUCAUUUAUUCUGCUGCUACUAUGUAGGGUAGGUGGUAGGUAGGCCAUAGCUGGGUGAUGAGAGGUGACAAGGUGAUGGUAGGUACCUGAAAUGGCCUGGCUAUGUAGGAUAAACUGGUGUCGAUGAGAGUUGUGAGAUCUUUCUUCUGUGGAAGAUACUUCUACGAGAUCCUCUUACUACAUCUUUCCUGUACGUUAUAGCCUCCAGCAUUCUCCCAUAAAAUACUAGGCAAGUACUGGAUGAUGCUCUUUUUCUUUCGAAAAUUGGAUGAAGAGGGACUUUCUUGUACGUUGCAUUGUCCACGCUCAGUGUCCACACUCAGUGUCCACAUCUUGCGAAAUAUCCUCUUUCAUUUCUUUUUCUCUUUUUGUCAAAAGAGUGGAUGAACAUGGAAUCCAUUUCUUCUGUCUGGACUUUUCAACCCGUCAUUGAUUUCAUUGGGAUGCGCCUCUAACAUACUUCAAUAGUCAACUCACCAAAUUAUAAGUCUGAGCACCACCUACUUCCUACUUAGUUUGGCCCGCCGGAAUCACGUUUCCUCUCGGAUCCUUAAAGUAUAUUCGAGUACCGAGUACCUAGUCUCUUCUAUGUCCAUCAUAACUGGUAAUGAAAUUGAUCAAAUGAGGAAAUAGAUGUGCCAAAUUUGUUCUUGGCAGCUUCUCUUUUUUUCCUCUCGUGAGUCCACCCAGUCGAGGUCUCAAAUUCUCAACCCAGGUUCAAACCCAAAAAUCCAAAAUUGACUAACUGGGAUUAAACCUCUUCUCAUUUUUCCCCUUUCCACUUUUUAAACUACAUCGCCACAUGGAUUAUGUCAAUUCCUUCUUCUGAUUCGUCCAAGAUCCUAGACCUUCCCGUUUUCCCUCCAAUUUCUCAAGGAUUCGUCAUGUCGAAGAGAUCAACAAGCAUUGGAGAUCAAUCACAACCCCUCCAAAGACACGGACGUGCAUAUACUUCUGGUGUUCGUGUUCGCGCUGGUGCCAGUGCUGCUGUUGGCACUAAUAUUGGUGGAAGUGGGAAUGGAGUGGGAAAUGGAGUUGGAAUUGGCAUCGGAAGUGCUCCUCAAAUAAAGUCUGCUCCUAUCUUCUCCUUGGUAUGUCAUAACUCAGCAUUUACAAUCCAUUCCUUUUGGUGGCCUUUCCAUAUGGGAUAGCUUUUUCAUCCUCCUGCCAUUGAUACAAUAUAUCUUUAUAAUACUUAACAUUGGAGAGGAUCUUCUUUGCUAGUUGCAUAGAUGUGGAAACAUUUGAAGCAAAAGAGGAGGAAUAGCCUUCAAGAUACAUCUUAUGUAUGUCGAUAAUCAUGAUUUUGUUUACUCCACCCUUCCCGAGCUUUAAUUGCUCCUUUUCAACCUUGUCCUUUCUCUCACUAUUGAUUUCAUCGGGAAAUUAACCCGCUCGAAUGCUUGAGAUUGCGGCGAAGAGAACUGCUUUAAGCAUCAAUGAAUAUACCUGACAUUAUCUAUGUCAUAAGGCGCAUGAUAUUCAAUCAUUGAUGUUUGUUGAAAAUUGAAAAAGAUAGAACGACAUAUCUUUCUACACGUAAACUGACAUUACUCUUGCGGCAUUUAGUUUCCUCACCCUAAUCAGUCGGCUUCUCCCACAUCUGCAGAGAUGAAUAUUCAGAAUCUGCCAGAUCGUCGUGCGGGGAUACAUGCUUAUGAAAAAGCUCCUACCUUUACACCCCCAAUUAGAAUCGAUGAAGCAAGUCCAGGGGAGGAAGACAGUGGCGCAGAAGUAAAGAAUAUACCAUUCUACAAACCAUACAGACAAGCUGGGGGACAGCAUCUUGCAGGACCAUCUCAAGGAAAUCGGCCAAGAAGGCUUUCGCUGGACAGAGCAUUUGAUUCUAACAGUCAAAGAAAGGGGGCUGCGUCACCCGCAUCCGAUAAAUCAGCAAAAGUUUUACAAGCUCAAGUUGAUAUUCCUGAGAGGACAAGGUAAGCCUUGAACAUAAUUGUUUACACCAGAAAAAUCAGUUAACGCAUUCUAGUAGUAGUCUUUACAACGAAGAACAUCGUGAGACUGGAGAAAAUUCUCAGGAUCAAUUUGAAAUGCCGGAAAGAGAAGAGCGUGUGGAAAUCAGAGAUUCAAAGCCGAGUAUACUAUCUUCACAACUAUCAAUUUCUUCACCAUCGACGGCGCGCUCACGUUCUCGAGCUGGUUCCGUUUCUUCCUACCAAACAAACGCCACAUCUCUACCACCAUUACAGAAAACAGGGGUGCUGGAGGAUGGAGAAACUCUGGAGCCAUUAAAUGAAGAGGAUGUUGAUCCUGGAUCAUUUGAUCUCGUAUCAGCGACUGAGACUGGAGGCAAACGAUUUUCUCUAGAAAAAAGAUCAGAACAACUCUUUUCAACGGAGCACUUACGAAUGAUUUUUAGUGAUCCAUCAUUACUUUUAAGAUUCACUUCUUUUCUAGGCGCGCACAGACCUUCUUCCAUUCCUAUACUUAUAUAUUAUCUGGAUGCUGUUAAAGCUCUGAAAGCUAUCUCAUAUUCCAAUGCUAUUGCGGAAGCUCUGGAACCGAUUCCAGGUUUCGAUUUUACUACUACUGCAGCCUCGAAGACAAUGAGCGCUGCAUUGGAAGAGAAAGCCUCAAAGGCGUUUGACGUUUUAGUCCGAGAAGAUCUUCCUGCUUAUAUUACAUGGGCAUAUAUUCAGACUGUUAGUAUAUCGAUUCAGAGACGAAUUACUGGAACUUUACCGGCACAUUUGAGAGAGGCUUCUGAAGGUUUGGCUGAGGUCUUUUGUUUAACCGAUCCUUCUCGUCCGGAUAAUCCUAUUGUUUUUGCUUCUGAGGGUAUGUUUUGAUGUACCGAAUAAAAGAUUGGUCUAAUCAUAUUUUAGAAUUUCACCGAACAACGCAGUAUGGUAUGAGUUAUGUUCUUGGUAGGAAUUGUAGAUUUUUACAAGGACCAAAAACAAAUCCAUUCAGUGUGAGGAGGAUUCGAGAGAAGAUUGAGGCUGGUCAAGAGCAUUAUGAAACUUUUCUUAAUUAGUAAGUCUUACCUUGAUCUAUUUGGAGAUGAUGGCUAAUAAAACAAAAGUCGACGUGAUGGGUCUCCUUUUAUGAAUCUUCUCAUGUGUGCUCCGUUAUGUGAUAGCAGAGGAACAAUACGAUAUUUCAUUGGUGCCCAAGUCGAUAUUUCGGGUUUGGUAAAAGAAUGCGCCGAAUUAGAAUCCCUUCAACGUCUUGUUGCAGCAGAAGAACUUGCCGAGGGGCGCGAAGCAGAACGAGCCGCAAAUCCUAAUGCAGAACAGGAGGAGCUCCCACCACCUCCAAAGGAUGAAUUCCAAGAAUUGAGCGAAAUGCUAAAUAUGCAAGAGCUAGAUACAGUACGAAAAUGGGGAGGAAGAAUGCACAAAGAAACUGAAGAGGAUCAUCCUGACAGUAAUUUCCAGAGAGGAAAUUGGCAUAAACCGAGAUUACAUAUUACUAGUACAAGCCCCAAUGGUAUGAAGCCAAAUCCACAACUAGGACGCAUCAGUGGAAAACUUGGUGGCAUAUAUGAGAACUAUCUUCUCGUUCGUCCAUAUCCAAGCUUGAGGGUCCUAUUCGCGAGUCCCACCCUCAGAGUUCCUGGUAUUUUACAAUCACCUUUUAUGGCAAAAAUAGGAGGCAGCAGUCGUGUCCGUGAUGAACUAACUCAAGCUUUUGCUGAUGGCCGAGGUGUCACUGCUAAAGUUCGUUGGGUCACAAAGGAUGAUUUGGAAGGUCGACCACGUUGGAUUCAUUGCACGCCACUUAUUGCUUCUAAUGGAGCAAUUGGUGUAUGGAUGAUUGUUAUUGUUGAUGACGAGGCUUCACAGCAUACUAGCAAGAGAUAUAGAUUGGCACCAGCUGUGGAUCCAAGAUAUGGAAGAUCAAUACCGUUUGUUGGAAAGGCGGAUAGUAGUUCGGGAAGUAUUAGGGAUUUCUCGCCUAUUAAUCAUCAUGGACAAGGUGAUGGUAGAGCAGGAGGACAAGCACCACGCACACCUAGAUCACUGAGGAGUGUUGAUAAUGCUGAAGGUGGUAGUGUGAGGAGUGGAAGCCCGUAUACUUUGAGGAUUGAUUAAGUGAUUUAUCCAAGAGGAUAAAACGGAUGGUCUUUGGCAUUCUUUGCUCAUGUUUUUGUUUUCUUUUGUCAUGGAUGCUUUCAAAGGUUGCUAUGCUAAUACUACAUCAGCUCAUGCCAAUGGAUAGAAUGGGAGGUGGUUUUUCUGACCUUAAAUCAGUUGCGUUUUAGCGUUGACUUUUCUAUUCGUUUGGUUUUCUGCAUGGGUCAUGCAUAUUGUAUUAGCUAUACUGUUGUUUUUUUAUGUGGUAUAAAAUCGAGGGAAUUGAUGUCAUGAGGUUAAUAAUGGAAGAUGAGUAUGGAGGCGAAUGGGUGAUGUGGGUGGGAGCUUGGAAGCGGGACAAAAAGAGAAUAAUCGAGGAAGGUAGAUAUAGUAUUGCAAGCGAAAAGAGCUAGCAAAUUGGCUCACAAAAGAAGGAUGAUAUCAUUUGGGAAUUGGGAACUUGGCAUAGGGAAAUGGUGGUGCUCUCUUUGCUUUGGCUAUUGCUUUGGCUAUGGUUAGAUCAUGAUCGUUAUUAUAUUUGCUUGGCUUGACUUGGCUAGAUUAAACUGCUGGAUGUUGGGCUAGGGUUUAAUAUAUUUUAAUUAGGUAGUAAUGAUACAAUGAUAUUUGUAUUUUUAUUUAU